AUGUCGUCUAGCACCGACGAAGAAUUGGACAUGUUGUCGCCCUCGUUCAAUCCAAUCAAAGCUCUGUACGCAAAAAACGUACCGGUGCCUAGCACAACAGCUCAACCGCUAGACAACAUAUCAAAAUUUGAACUCGCUCCUUCAGGAGAAGUCUUAAUUAAACCUGAAAGACCCAGAACACACAAUGAAUAUAACAUUGAAACGGUGAAACGCGAUUUAAGUGCUGUGGCCGGCACAUCUCAAGUAUCAUUAGUUCAACGGAUUUUUAAAAAGAGACGAACUGUAAUGGCACGUAUGUCAGAAAUUGGCAAAUCUCGUGGGCCACUAUCUCGCAUUGCUCUGUUUUGUUUUGCAAAAAAACGUGUUAAAGUGUACAUACGGUCGGCUGUGUCUGUCCGAGGUCACUGUGAAGGGUACAUUAUUGCUUUUGAUAAACACUGGAACUUAGUCAUGGAUGAUGUAGAUGAAGUAUGGACAAGGAAAAACAAAUACAAAUCAUUAGCUAUUGGUGACGCUAGAAGUUUGGACGAUCCGGUGGAGAAGCCGUACACAGUCAUCAAGAGGAUUCGAGGACACCAAGUGUGCCGGAGGCACGUUCCCCGAUUUUUGGUGCGUGGAGAGCAGAUCGUUUUAGUGGCCAAAUGUCUCGUUUGA